ACUUUCUCGCCUUGCAGAAAUGGGAGUUCUCUCUCUCUAGAGGUCGCGGCGUUGCUGAUUCUGAAUUCCAAGUUCCUCUUCUUUCUUCUUCUUCGUUUCGAUCUUUCAUCUCAGCUUCGUUCCAGCCAUCGCCGCGUCGGAAUCCCGGAACUCAUCUGACCUGAAAUGGCUGGGGGAGGAUUUGUUCACCAGCUUUUGAGGAGAAAACUUCAGUCUCACUUCAAGGCUUCUACAGUGUUCGCCCCGCUUUUCUCAAAGGAAAGUGAAAUUAAUGCUGGAGGUAUAAGCGCAUUGAGAGCGUUUGCAUUGCUAGGGGCAGGUGUUUCGGGAUUUUUGAGCUUCGCAACGCUUGCGUCUGCUGAUGAGGCGGAACAUGGUUUAGAGUGUCCAAGCUAUCCCUGGCCUCACAAAGGCAUACUGAGUUCUUAUGACCAUGCAUCGAUCCGCCGUGGUCACCAGGUUUACCAGCAAGUCUGUGCAUCUUGUCAUUCGAUGUCUCUUAUAUCAUAUCGUGAUCUUGUGGGAGUUGCUUACACAGAAGAGGAGGUGAAAGCUAUGGCAGCUGAGAUUGAGGUGGUUGAUGGGCCUAAUGAUGAGGGUGAGAUGUUUACUCGUCCUGGGAAGCUAAGCGAUCGAUUUCCUCAGCCCUAUGCUAAUGAAGCAGCAGCUAGAUUUGCUAAUGGAGGGGCCUAUCCUCCUGAUUUAAGUCUAAUCACUAAAGCUCGUCACAAUGGUCAAAAUUAUGUAUUUUCACUUCUGACCGGUUACCGUGAUCCUCCAGCUGGCAUUGCAAUAAGAGAGGGAUUGCACUACAAUCCAUAUUUUCCUGGUGGAGCAAUUGCAAUGCCGCAAAUGCUUAUUGAUGGUGCUGUCGAGUACGAAGAUGGGACCCCAGCAACAGAAGCUCAGAUGGGGAAAGAUGUCGUAACAUUCUUAUCAUGGGCUGCAGAACCUGAAAUGGAAGAAAGAAAGCUGAUGGGAUUCAAAUGGAUAUUUGUAUUGUCACUGGCGCUGCUACAAGCUGCUUAUUAUAGGCGCUUGAGGUGGUCGGUGCUCAAAUCACGGAAAUUGGUUUUGGAUGUUGUCAACUAGCAUCCGUACUGAAAAAUGGCCAUCAUGCUCGUCGGCAGACUGGACAUCGAAUAACUGUCCCGUGGAAUGGCUUUUCUUUCCCCCUUUUCGAUGUGAAAUUUUGUUUAAUUAGUAUUUUGAUUUUGUCAUGGAGCGGGAUGUUAAUGUCUAGUUCCCAGUUUGGAAAUAAGCCCUCCUGGAUACAUUUGAGCUUUCGGGAGGCAUCAACUUUGGAUAACUCCCCAUUAUCAUUCUUUUUCAAAUGCUAGGGCCAAAAUGUUGGGAAGCAAAUUGGCUGUCAAAUUGGGAAUCAUCAGGAAUUCCUGAGCGAUCUGUGCAGCGCAGCGAGUGUGCGAAGUCUUGACCCUUCUUGUGCUUUAAUUUGCGUUGGGUUACCGAGUUUUUACGGGCCUCUCUUUGUUCA